AUGCGUCAUUUAAUACUAGCAAGAAUGACAUCGCGCAUUGUCACACCAUGUUGCAGUCCCUUGGUUGCUCGCUCCAGCGCACUGGUCCAAAAAGCACAACAACAGCUGAACAGACGCCAAACAAGGGCCGCAUCUGCAUCAAGCAGCACAAAGAGACAUGAAGCUCCGUUCCGUAUGGCCGUGAUUGGUUCCGGGCCGGCUGGUUUCUAUACAGCCUACCAUGUAAUGUCGCGGAUUGACGAGGCCAAAGUCGACAUGUUCGAGGCUCUACCGGUGCCGUUUGGUCUCGUGAGGUUCGGAGUUGCCCCUGACCACCCGGAAGUUAAGAAUUGUCAAGACAAGUUCAACGAGGUUGCUGCGUCGCCAAACUUUAGAUUUGUUGGUAACGUGAGCAUAGAUCGCCCCAGCAACCACCAGGGAGGUGCGACAAUCCCCCUGUCUGCUCUGUUGCGCAACUAUCACGCCGUUGUCUUUGCCUAUGGCGCUAUCCAAGACAGGACCCUUGGGAUUCCCGGCGAAGAUCAGAAGGGUGUCUAUUCGGCACGUGAGUUCGUCGGUUGGUACAACGGCCUGCCUGAGCAUGCUGGCCUGCACCCGGACCUCACACAGGGCGACGAGGCUGUCAUCAUCGGCCAAGGCAACGUAGCUCUUGAUGUUGCACGAAUGUUGCUACAGGACGUUGAUGUAUUGCGCAAGACAGACAUUGCAGAGCAUGCCGUCGAGGCUCUAUCCAGGAGUCGGAUCAAGAGGGUGCACAUUGUUGGCCGUCGAGGCCCCAUGCAGGCUGCCUUUACCAUCAAGGAGCUCAGAGAGUUGGUCAAGCUUCAUCGUGUGGCGUUGCACCCUGUCGAUGCGUCUCUUGUACCGAACCCCAAAGAGAUAAAGGAGAGACCUGCAAAACGUCUGAUGGACCUUCUUCUUAAGGGUUCUCCUGUCUCACCAGCAGAGUCCUCCAAGUCGUGGUCUCUCGACUUUUGUCUGUCUCCGACGCAGUUCAUUGGCAGCCCAGAGGAUUCCUCAAGAUUAAGCGCUACCGAGUUUCAGCGUACAAUCUUGUCGAACAAUUUUGACCCCAAGGCCAGCGUGCAGGGCAUUUCAAAUGAAACCAUCACUGUGCCGUCCUCCGUCGCCUUCAGAUCCAUCGGUUACAAGUCGGUACCUCUCCCGAGCUUCUCUUCUCUGGGAAUCGAAUUUGAUGAACACCGUGGAAUCUUGCGCAAUGACGGUCUGGGACGCGUGGCAAGAGAGGUGAGGACCACUGGCGCUGCCAUGGCUCAGGAGCAUUUCAAGGGUCUCUAUUGCGCAGGCUGGGUCAAGAGAGGCCCCACGGGCGUCAUCGCCUCCACCAUGGAGGAUGCUUUUAUCACUGGUCAAGCUGUCGUGGACGACUGGCAUUCGGGUGCCGAGUUUCUCUCUUCUGGAAAUGAAGAACGCUCCGGAUCCGUCUCCGGUUGGGAUGGGAUCGUCCAAGAAGUGUCGGUAGGUGAUGCCAAGAUUUUAGACUGGCAGGACUGGCAAAAGAUAGACAAGGCCGAGAGGGAAAAAGGUCAGCUCAAAGGGAAGGAAAGAGAGAAACUUCCAACAACAGAAGCUAUGCUAUCGGUGGUUUCAUGA